AUGGCGGGGGAAGAGGAAGCAUCAGGCUCUCAAUUGGUUCCACAUGUUGAAAGUUCUGAUUCAGAUCGAUCAACUCAUGAUUCUUACAAUGCAACUGAAAGCUCCGACUCAGAGGAUUAUUCCGAGGAAGAUGUUGAACAAAAAAGUACUCUUGAUGAAUCUGAAGCUACGUGUUAUGUUGCUCCAAAUGGGGUGAAAUUUUGGACACCUAAAUGUGAAGAAAGCAAAAAACCACAAGUAAAUCACCACUUCCCUACAAUAGAAGAUGCAUUUUUAUUUUAUAAGGAGUAUGGGCGUAGUUGUGGAUUUGAUGUUCGUAAAUCCUCCAAAAAACCAUAUAAGCGUGGCACAUAUGCCAAGCAUAUACAGUGUAGUCAUGGUGGUGGGCCUGGUAAAAAAAUUCUGAAUGGUUUUGAUGAUGCUGUUGUUGAGGGAUCACAAAGGAGGACAACAUCACAGAGAUGUUAUUGCAAAGCAAAAAUAGUUUUGAAGCCGGCAGGUGUUAGAGGAUUCGUGAUAAUGAGUUUUGUAGAGGAACAUAAUCAUUCAUUCGCAUAUGGACCUGCUCGAAUGUUCCUAAGGUGUAAUAGAAAUUUGUCUGUUACUCAUCAGAAUUUCAUAAUGGACUGUGCAAGAGCUAAUAUCGGCGCAACACGAGCGCACAGUUUAAUGAAAGAGAUGACUGGGUCUUAUGAUAAUGUAGGUGCCACUAUUGCUGAUUUUAAGAAUUUUGCGAGGGAUGUAAAGGUUCGUAUUGGAGAUCAUGAUGCGGAUAUGAUUUUGGACAAAUUCUCUGUUCUGAAAAAGGCUACUGAAAAUUCAUUUUACUACGAUUACAAAGUAAAUAGGAAGGGGCGCCUUACUGGUCUUUUCUGGACAGAUGCUAUUGGACAAGCUAAUUUUGAUGUAUUUGGUGAUAUCAUCUCAUUUGACCCUACAUUUCGCACAAACAAGUACCAUAUGGUAUUUGUACCAUUUACCGGUGUCAAUAAUCAUUGGAAGAACGUCACUUUUGCUGCAGGACUUCUAGCCAAAGAAAACUAUAAAAAUUUUAAAUGGCUUCUUCUCACAUUCAAGAAAGCAAUGGGUCGAGCUCCGUCAUGCGUUAUAACAGACCAAUGUAAAGCCACUAAAAAAGCAUUGGAUAAAUGGUGGCGCACUACAACACAUCGACUAUGUAUGUGGCAUAUAAUGAAUAAGCUGCCCUCGAAGAUUGGCCCUAAACUUGCUUCCAACACAAAAUUUGUUUCCAAAUUGAAAGCUAUUGUGUAUUCUGAUCACCUAACUCCGAAUGAUUUUGAGGAACGCUAG